CGGGCCGCGGGUCUCCGGGUUGCUGCCUCUCUGAGAGGCGUUAGGCCGGGGCGCGGGGGCUGGCGGUGCUGGGGGCGGCAGCGCGCCGCUCACACUCAUGAGGAGCCGCGAGCUCGCAGGUGGAGUGCGGUCUUCAGCGCGCCUGAGAGCCUGCCGUCGCUCGGCCAGGUUGGCUUCUGCGCGGGAAGCCGGCGUCGCCACGUCUGCCAGGACACUAUGUCAGACCUCCUCAUCACACAAAGUGGCCGACAGGCGAACUUCCAAGAAGUUCAAGUAUGACAAAGGCCAGCUUGUGAAAUCAGAACUACAGAAACGCAUCCCCAAGAGCGAUAGUGUUGCUUUGCCCAAAACAGCACCCGAGCGCCCCUGUGACAGUGACCCUCUGGGGUUUGCGGAAGACCCUGCGCUGCCUCCAGGAAAGGGAGCUGGUGCCCCCUCAGAGCCGGAGGCUGUGGGCGCCCCCCUUGGGCACGGCACCUUUGUGGGCGACGCUUGCCCCCCAGAGACUGAAGACGGCCCGUCCCCUCUGGCACGCGGGCCCCUUACGGGAGAGGAGCCGCUCGGCAGCCGCGCCGCGCGGGCCGGUACAACACUACAGACGGAGCAGGCGCCCAGGCCGCCGGUGCCCAUGGACGACAGCGCCUUCCUGGACGAGGACAGCAACCAGCCGAUGCCCGUGGGCCGGUUCUUCGGGAACGUGGAGCUCAUGCAGGACCUCCCCCCGGCGUCUUCGUCUUGUCCUUCAAUGAGCAGACGAGAAUUCAGGAAGAUGCAUUUCAGAGCCAAAGACGAUGAAGAUGAUGAUGACGGUGCAGAAGUGUAGAGAAUAAAGCAGGAAUCUGAUGGGCCGUGCUCCGACAGUUCAGCAGGUUACGGGAUGUGGGAUUCAUAUAAACUUUAUCUCCCAAGAAAAA